AUGCAGUACAGACUCGUUCUCGUCUCGGCCUUUGUCGCCACUGCCUUUGCUGCUCCUCACCCAGAAAUCACCGAGGCUCCCAAGCUUGCUCGUCGCGACGUGUGGGGCGACCUUGGUAGCGACUUGGGUGCCAUUGGAACCGACAUUGCCGGCGGUUUCUCGUCCCUGGGCAACGAAAUUGGAUCUGACCUGAGCAACGUCGGACACUCCAUCACCUCCCAAUGGGGCUCUUUCACCAGCGUCGUUGCUAGCAAGGCUACCCCCCAACCCUCCGACUACAGCAGCUGGGCCAGCCAGGCUUCCAGCUUGGCCAACGACGCUUCUUCCGCCGCUGCCUCAUGGUCCUCCAAGGCCGCCACCGAGACCAACACCGACAGAGCCUCUGCUGAAUCCCAAUGGGCUUCUGAUGCCGCGUCCAUUGCCAGCCAGGAGAGCAGCGCCGCCAACUCUUUGGCCUCCAAGGCUGGAUCGCCCGCUACUGCUGUCAGCGCCGUCACCACGUUGACCGACUCGGCCGGCUCGGCCACAGGCACAAGCACCAUUGCUGCAGCCACCACCUCGGCCGAGGGCGCAACUUCGACUGGCGCUGCUGCCGCCGCCACUGCUGGACUCGGCAUGGGUCUUGCUGGCUUUGCCGGUCUCGUUGGUGCCGUUGCCGUUGCUCUCUAA